AGAAGAGAAGAGAGAGAGAGAGACAUCCCCCAUAACCCAAAAAAAUGAAUAUCAAAGGGUCACUGUCAUUUGUCAAUCCACUAGCUUCUUCUUAGAACCCUACAGACUACACCCCCCCCCCUCUCUCUCUCUCUCCUUGAACCCUACAGACUAGACCCCUCUCUCUCUCUCUCUCUCUCUCUAAUUUGCUUCAAAAACUUAGACAAAAGCAAGGCGGUGAAAGGGUUGAGCUCACCAAAUCUACUGUUUUCACACCCCUUUCCUUUUCUCUCCCUCUCUCUCUCUCUCUCCCUCUCUCUCUCUAAGAAGCUUUACUUGGUUUCAAAGGCCAACCAUUUGGCCAUUUCUCUCUCUCUCUCUCUCUCUCUCCUGUACGCCCAAAUCACAUAUAAAAAUAGCUGAGGAAAAAAUAAUAGAAAAGAAGAAGAGAUGAAAGGGGAAUAUGUAGAAGAAAAGGAUCAUCAAUCCAACAUGUUCGCGAAGCUUCACGAACCCCACAAAUUCGAGCAGCAGCAACCUCCGCCGCCGCAGCUCCAUCCCCACCACUUCCAGCUCAUCCACCCCUCCGACGACGAUAACGGCGGGGGUGCUACCACCUCCAAGAAAGACCCUCCCACCAGCGAUGGCGCCAGCAUCGAGGUCGUCCGUCGCCCGCGCGGCCGCCCCCCGGGCUCCAAGAACAAGCCCAAGCCCCCCAUUAUCAUCACCCGCGACACCGAGCCGUCGAUGAGCCCCUAUGUCCUCGAGCUCCCCGGCGGCGUCGACGUGGUCGAGGCCAUCACGCGAUUCUCCCGGAAAAGGAACAUGGGUCUCUGCGUUCUCACUGGCUCCGGCACCGUCGCCAACGUCACGCUCAAGCAGCCCACCACGACGCCCGGCGCCACCGUCACAUUCCACGGCCGCUUCGACAUUCUCUCCCUCUCGGCCACCAUUUUCCCGACCGCGAUGACGCCGCCGGUGUCGAGCGGGUUCACGAUCUCGCUGGCCGGGCCGCAGGGCCAGGUCGUUGGCGGCGCGGUGGCUGGCGGGCUCCUUGCUGCCGGGACGGUGUACGUGGUAGCGACGUCGUUCAACAACCCGUCUUAUCACCGGCUGCCGCUGGAAGAGGAGGUGCGGAACUCGGGAUCGGAGGGGCAGUCUCCCCAGACGGUGUCCGGUGGCGGAGAGGGGAGGCAGCCGCCGCCGACGGCGGACUCGUGCGGAAUGUCAAUGUACAGCUGCCACCUCCCUAAUUCGGACGUGAUUUGGGCUCCCACUCCUCGACAACCACCUCCACACUACUAAUCACUCACCGAUCAGUUUGGUUCUUCUUCUAGUUAAGGCGUGCCACUAGAAGAACUUGCUCUCUCUCCAAGCAUUGGAAUAAAUGAAAUUUGGGGGCAUUGAUUAAUGCUUGAGAUGACACGGUUGUGACAGAUCCGGUUUCUGCUUCAUGAUCUUCUUCUUCUUCUUCUUCUUCUUCUUCUUCUAUUUGGGUCUCUUCGUUGAUGUCCAAAAUUUGAAAGAGAGGUUAGUUUUCUUAAGUUCAAAGGCACCCCUCCUUGCCCACUGAAUUAUGCCCUAGAAAUGUAAUAAUAUGCUGUAGUGUAGAUCCACAUGUCCAUGGGACAAUCAUUUUGGUUUCUGAUGAAGUUAUAUUU